AUGUCCGCCCCUACUCUUAUUAUCUGUUCGGCUUUGGCAGUUUUUUGUGGCUUUUUAGCCCAUCAAACUCCUCGUAGAGAACUAAAAGAAAAAGAAAAUAUGAAACCAAUUAAAACUAAAAAACAAGUAAUUGUGGCACCCACCACCCAAAAAACUAUGGUAAAAACCAAACCAGUCAAAACGUUGACUAAAUCCCGCCCUAUCCGCUCUAAAUCUAAUACUCUAGCUUACUACAAUUGCCUGAUUGACCAAGUGGCUAAUCCGGUGAAUGAUAAAGUGAAAAUUACCAAGUUAGCCCAUCAUUGCAAAUGUAAAAAAGGAGAAGUCGCAGUCGCUCGUCAGGAACAUAAAGCCCAGUUAGUCCAAAAAUUAGCCCAAAGUUAUAAAAAUUUCGGAGAAAGUUUGGGGCAUUACCUACAUGCUGAUAUUGUGGGCUGUGCUAAGGAAUUAAAGAAAUAA